AGAAGCCGGAUUUCAGCAGAGUGGGUGCAGGAUCUGCUUUAAUUCUGCUCAUCUUAUUCUCGGGGACCACACCCUGCGCGCCGGGAGGAAGGGCUCCAAAACCACAGGGCGGAGGCUUCCGCGCGGCCCCAGACCUGACCAUCUAUGGUCACAGAACACACCGACCAAACAGGAAGUGGGGUGAGAGCGGAGGGUUCCCUACCUUCCCAGCCCCGCGACUGCCAGCCGGGCUGGGGCUGACCCACCGCGCCCUCACUGACCCCCACGCCCUGCGCCCAGUCUCCGCAAGUCCUCCGACAACAAUGUCCAGACUAAUUGCCUUCCCACGUCACAAACGGGGAAACCGAGGUAUGCACGCCCAGAGACAGGCGGAGCUUGGCCUCGAUCCCCACCGAGAGCUGACGGCCGCCCGGAUUCCCGCCCUCAGAGAAUCCUGGCCCCCAGUCGUUCCAAGAACAUUUACGGACUGCAGCUUAAAGGACCCGGCCUCUGCCAUUGAGACCAAACUGACAGAGGAACUGGUCACUCUUCUGUUCUUUCCAGAGACGAGCUUAGCCAGGGACUUCUGCCCUUCCUGGGCCCGGGCCUCGGGGGCGAUUCCGGGUAGGUAAAGCGGAACGAGGGCGUGGCCUCUCUUGUGAGCCCGCCCUCCCCGCGUCGCUCCCGCCUUGAGGGAGGGGCUCUUUCCCAAGUGCCCUCUGUGAGAGCCGGGCCGCUCUCUCCGGGGCGUGGCGAAGAGGGGCGGAGUCACGAGCGGGGCGGUGAGACUUCCUGCCCAGUCGCGGGCCAGCCUAGCGCUUCAGCCGGCGGCUCAUUUCCGGUGGGGGCGCCGCGCCCAGUGAGGGCCCGGAAGUGGGUCGCGCGGAGAUUGCUGGGCGGUUCUUGCCGGAAGCGGAGAGCGGCUGAUCGCAGUCCGGAGGUGAGGCGGAACUCUGAGGUGAGGGUGUGCAGCUUGGUAGGGUUUGGGGUCCCUUCCGGGGCCCAUCGGCCCCUGGUGUUGUUAAUGGCCCUUCUGGCCUACGCGCGUGUCGUGAACCCUGCCGAGAGGGCCGGGGCUGAGGCCCUCAGGCCGACCCGGACACUUGGGCGCGGUCUCUUGAGGUGGGGCCGGGGUGAGCAGCUGAGUCCGGGUGCCCCGGGGAGGCCCCUCUGCCCGAUUUCGCAGCGCUGCCCAUCAGCUUCAGCGGAGGCCUGAUUCCUGACGUGCUCUGACUGGAAGGAACCUCCGAGAUCGGAGAGUCUUCCCUGUCUCCUGUUGAUGCUCCCAUUGCACUGAUAGGUGGUCCAUUAUGGCUGACAUGCAAAAUCUGGUAGAAAGAUUGGAGAGGGCAGUGGGCCGCCUGGAGGCAGUAUCUCAUACCUCUGACAUGCACCGUGGGUAUGCAGACAGUCCUUCAAAAGGAGCAGCUCCAUAUGUGCAGGCAUUUGACUCGCUGCUUGCUGGUCCUGUGGCAGAGUACUUGAAGAUCAGUAAAGAGAUUGGGGGAGACGUGCAGAAACAUGCGGAGAUGGUCCACACAGGUUUGAAGUUGGAGCGAGCUCUGUUGGUUACAGCUUCUCAGUGUCAACAGCCAGCAGAAAAUAAGCUUUCCGAUUUGUUGGCACCCAUCUCAGAGCAGAUCAAAGAAGUGAUAACCUUUCGGGAGAAGAACCGAGGCAGCAAGUUGUUUAAUCACCUGUCAGCUGUCAGCGAAAGUAUCCAGGCCCUGGGCUGGGUGGCUAUGGCUCCCAAGCCUGGCCCUUAUGUGAAAGAAAUGAAUGAUGCCGCCAUGUUUUAUACAAACCGAGUCCUCAAAGAGUACAAAGAUGUGGAUAAGAAGCAUGUAGACUGGGUCAAAGCUUAUUUAAGUAUAUGGACAGAGCUGCAGGCUUACAUUAAGGAGUUCCAUACCACCGGACUGGCCUGGAGCAAAACGGGGCCUGUGGCAAAAGAACUGAGCGGACUGCCAUCUGGACCCUCUGCCGGAUCAGGUCCUCCUCCCCCUCCACCAGGCCCCCCUCCUCCCCCAGUCUCUACCAGUUCAGGCUCAGAUGAGUCCGCUUCCCGCUCAGCACUGUUCGCGCAGAUUAAUCAGGGGGAGAGCAUUACACAUGCCCUGAAACAUGUAUCUGAUGACAUGAAGACUCACAAGAACCCUGCCCUGAAGGCUCAGAGUGGUCCAGUACGCAGUGGCCCCAAACCAUUCUCUGCACCUAAACCCCAAACCAGCCCAUCCCCCAAACGAGCCACAAAGAAGGAGCCAGCUGUACUUGAACUGGAGGGCAAGAAGUGGAGAGUGGAAAAUCAGGAAAAUGUUUCCAACCUGGUGAUUGAGGACACAGAGCUGAAACAGGUGGCUUACAUAUACAAGUGUGUCAACACGACAUUGCAAAUCAAGGGCAAAAUUAACUCCAUUACAGUAGAUAACUGUAAGAAACUUGGCCUGGUAUUCGAUGACGUGGUGGGCAUUGUGGAGAUAAUCAACAGUAAGGAUGUCAAAGUUCAGGUAAUGGGUAAAGUGCCAACCAUAUCCAUCAACAAAACAGAUGGCUGCCAUGCUUACCUGAGCAAGAAUUCCCUGGAUUGUGAAAUAGUCAGUGCCAAAUCUUCCGAGAUGAACGUCCUCAUUCCUACAGAAGGCGGUGACUUUAAUGAAUUCCCAGUUCCUGAGCAGUUCAAGACCCUAUGGAACGGGCAGAAGUUGGUCACCACAGUGACAGAAAUUGCUGGAUAAGCGAAGUGCCACUGGGUUCUUUGCCCUCCCUUCACACCAUGGGAUAAAUCUGUAUCAAGACGGUUCUUUUCUAGAUUUCCUCUACCUUUCUGCUCUUAAAACUGCUUCUCUGCUCUGAGAAGCACAGCUACCUGCCUUCACUGAAAUAUACCUCAGGCUGAAAUUUGGGGUGGGAUAGCAGGUCAGUUGAUCUUCUGCAGGAAGGUGCAGCUUUUCCAUAUCAGCUCAACCACGCCGCCAGUCCAUUCUUAAGGAACUGCCGACUAGGACUGAUGAUGCAUUUUAGCUUUGAGCUUUUGGGGGUUAUUCUACCAACAAACAGUCCAUUGGAAAGAAAACAGUCCCUGGAAUUAACAGAUCAGAAUGUUCACACUGGUUAAUCUUUUUUUAACAAUGAGCAUGAAGGUAGCAGAAGCUGGUGUGUUUCCAGAUGGUUCUUCUAACCAAACUAAUUUUUCACUGUUGACAAGCGAGGCAAGGGUUGCACUGGACCAAAGGCUGAGGCUUGGCCAUCUAGCAUUCCAUACAAAAUUGUUUCCUAUAAGCAUUCCUUUUAUUCUCUAUUCUAUCCUGGGUCUGCCUCAACUGUGAGAUAGGAGAGUCUCUGGUACUAGCUGCUGUAGCAGUGCCCUUCAUCCAGGGCAGUUAAUGGAGUCUUGGACCCUUUCUUUCUCUGGGAUCCCUGCCCAGCACCUUCCUAUAGAGAUGACUUUAAAAGGAAAAAACAAAACAAAAAAAACACCACACGAUUUCAAGGAGUCUGGCAUUCCUGAAUCCUCCUUCCCUGCCAGGUGCCUGUCACCUGUCUUCACUGCCUCCUUUUCCCUGUCAUGCUCAUCAGCUUAUGGCUUCUGUCUAAGCACCUGAACAGAGGACUGAAACCUCCACUGCAGGCUGGUUUUAGGUCUUGAAUUAUGUAAGAAUCUUGCACAGCACUGCUAAUGUAAAUUUCAGUUGUUUUUCCCUCUAGGACAAACACUUACCAAAAUAUGCAACUUUUUUUUGGUGGGAAGAGAGAUUGUCCUGUGAUUUCUACCCAUUUCCUGAGGCCUGUGGAAAUAAACCUUUAUGUACUUAAAGUUAUACAGAAAAUAGAAUAAAGUUAAUACCAAACUUG